AUGCCGAAGAUGGAGGUUACGGAUGAAGGAGCUACGCUCUCCCGCAGCGACACCUACGUCGGGCGUUGCAAGCCGUGCGAAGAGUACCCCGACGGCAUGAAGACGAAGAAGGUGUCUGAUGCUGUUCACUCGCUCGAGCGCGUUCUUUCGGAGCUGAACAUCGACUGCAAGGAAUCUGGGCCCGAGUACAACCUUGCGCGCUCGGCCAGGAUCAUCCUCCGGGUCGGCAAGAACCUCGACGGAUACUGGGNAAGCGCGAUCAUCCUCCGGGUCGGCAAGAACCUCGACGGAUACUGGGAUAGCAACCGCUUGUGCGUGCAGCUUGAGGCCAUAUUCGCGGCGUUCGAGAUCUCGAGGCAACCAGGCCGACAGAUGCUCGAAGUCUUUGACAACUCCACCGGGCACAACGCAUACAGCCCCGACGCCUUGAGGGCGCAGAACAUCCGAGCCUCACCAGGGGGCGAGCAGAUCCCCCCCCGCAACUUCGAGUACAACGGCAGAACGAUCUACACGACGUUUCGGGAGGGCGACGUGCUGUGCUUCAGAUCCAGCCCCUUCGCUCGAAAGACGGAGGCGGAGGCCGUGGGAACGGUUGUCAAACGGGGGACCAGCUCGGAGAAGCUGAUUGGUGUCGCCAAGGGGAUGAAGGAGAUUCUGGAGGACAUGGGGCUGUACAAGCUAGCCAGCGAAACGAAAGCGCCACCGCUGCUGUGCCAAAGGUGGGAUCAUUGGUUUUCGUUUCUGUUUCAGGGGCUAAAAUGCCGGCGUGCCCUCCAUGCCUCGUUUGAAGUCGAUGUACUAUUCGAGGUGUCUUCAGCUUUUUCCCUUGAGCUCUAUUCUGCUGCGAUGCACCUGGACUCGCGGUGCAAAGACGAGGCUAAGGCCAAGCGGGACAAGUCAACGAUGUACAACAAGGGGGGGGAGAGCCGGCAGCAGGCGCUCGAAGGCGAAGGAGACUCCGAUGAUUCGGACGAAGACAGCGAGGAAGGUGGUGCUCGCGAUGCAGCCAGAACAUCGAGAAGAUGCUGCUGCCAGCGAAUCAUCAGCGAGGUCAAGGCCUUCAAGGAGCAGAUGAAUCGGGUCGAGGAGCUGUUCGAAGCUGCUGGGCACGCAUGCAUUUUCCUCGCCAAGUACCACCCGGAGCUCAAUGCUAUCGAGCGUUUCUGGGGCUACACCAAGUCUAUCGAGCGCCGUGUCUGCGACUACUCCGUCCUGAGUCUGCUUGCAAGGCUUCCCAUGACGCUGAGCACUGUCACUUUGUCACUGUGCCGAAAAUGGGCCCGUGUUUCCUGGCUGUACAUAUAUGCCUACAGCCACGGGCUUGAGGGCUACUUGCAAACCCGAGACCUCAAGAAGUGGACGAACCACCGCUCGCCCACCGACACGGCCGACAACGUGUUGCUGGCUCGUGGCCAAGCAACAACCGCGGAGGAGCGCAAGGCCAAAGAGCAGGC